CAGCUGGCUCUGUCUACGCAUGCGCGCUGCGUCCGCUCUGCUUCUUCCCCCUCCUCCCCCGCACCUCUGGAUCUGUCCAAAGGAAGGGAGGAGGGCCCUCGUCGUCCCCUUGGAGAGGCCUUGCCACUGCCGGCACCAUGAGUGGGAAGUCCCUGCUGCUGAAGGUGAUCCUCCUUGGGGACGGAGGUGUUGGGAAGAGCUCCCUGAUGAACCGCUACGUGACCAAUCGGUUCGACUCGCAGGCCUUCCACACCAUCGGGGUGGAGUUCCUCAACCGGGACCUGGAGGUGGACGGGCGAUUUGUCACACUCCAGAUCUGGGACACAGCCGGUCAGGAGCGCUUCAAGAGCCUACGGACGCCCUUCUACCGGGGGGCCGACUGUUGCCUGCUGACCUUCAGCGUGGAUGACCGGCAGAGCUUCGAGAACCUGGGCCACUGGCGGAAGGAGUUUGUCUGCUACGCCAACGUCCGGGACCCUGACCGCUUCCCCUUUGUGGUCCUGGGUAAUAAAGUGGACAAGCUGGAGCGGGCGGUGGGGCCCGAGGAGGCCCGGGCCUGGUGCCUGGAGCAUGGCAACUACCCCUACCUGGAGACCAGUGCCAAGGAUGACACCAACGUGGCUGUGGCCUUCGAGGAGGCUGUGCGGCAGGUGCUGGCUGUGGAGGAGCAGAUGGAGCACUGCGUGAUGGGACAUACCAUUGACCUCCGCUCUGGUGCCAAGUCCAGGUCCUCCUGUUGCUGAUGGUGGCCCAGCAAUGGACCGUUCCAUCUGGUCAGAGCUGGCAGGCUGAGAUCUGCUCUUGUUGGGGCAGGAGGAUGGUGGAUAAGAGCCACCAGAGAGGGCCCGGGGGUUGAGCCACCCGUUCCACCUGUGGCGAGUGGCAACCACGUCUUCUGCUCUCGGGCAGUGCAAGACGGACUCUUUCCCCACCAUCCCCUGAGCCUGAGAUUCUGAAAGAGUCCCAGAGAAUGAGAGGACACUGUCACUAACUUUCCCCUUCUUGACUCUGCCCUUAACUAGCCAGGAAAGGGUUGCUGGGAUCAACAGCACCCAUUGACCACAACUUCUCCAGAGCUUACCCAAGUGUUGUGGUGCUCCUGCCUGAGAAGUAAGGCCAGGAAAUGGACCUGGGAUAUGAGGGCAUGAGCAGAGAGAUGGCACACGUGAGCCACAAACUGGUUAACAUGAGCGUGCUAAACCCAGGUUUCUCCAUCUUCCUGCAGUGGAGCAGAAGAUGCUGAAUUUUGUCCAUCUUAUAUCUUGUGUCCAGGGAGAAAAAUGCUUUAUCACACCAAUGGCCACUAUUGAGGGAGUCAGUGACCCUGGAGGAGUCUUUUCUUGCUGACCACCACCACACUUGCUGGGGAGCAAGUGAGCAGAUUCUAGCCCCCCACCCCGCCGCUUUGCUCUUUGAGUGACAGCCGGGUGCCCUCUGCUGGGCCCUGCUGGAAACAGCAGGAUACAUCACUGAAUUGGAAGACUUCAGUCUGGAAGGAUUCCCCAUCAGCUCUCUUCAUCCUCCACAUCCAGAAAAAUGCAGGAUCCACUGACCCUCUUAGAGGCCCCUAAGACUUCUUUCUGCCUUCAUGUGGCUCUGUAUGUCCAGCAGCCAGGAAGACUUUGGGAUGGACAUGGGUUUUGCCAAUUGUUUUUAUGUCAGGAGCGACUUGAGAAACUGCAAGUCACUUCUGGUGUGAGAGAAUUGGCCAUCUGCAAGGAUGUACCCAGUGGAUGCCUGGAUGUUUUGAUGUUUUACCAUCCUUAUGGGAGGUUUCUCUCAUGUCCCCGCAUGGGGAGCUGGAGCUGACAGAGGGAGCUCAUCUACGCUCUCCCCAGAUUUGAACCUCAGACCUGUCGAUCUUUAGUCCUGCUGGCAAAAGGGUUUAACCCAUUGCAUCACCGGGGGCUCCUUGGUUUUGCCAGUGGGAGACAUAGACUUCCCAGUCACUUGCUUGCUUCCCCUGCUGCCUGCCACUUUUCACGGUUCUGCAAAUAGGGGUCGAUUUGCUUGAGCUCAACACAGGAGUGGGAAGGGAAAGGGGCACAACCAGUCUGUAUUUGAGCCAAUAAAAAUGUGAAUGUAUUAAAGGGAUGCAAAAUGUC